AUCAAAUGUAAAGUCACGGUCUUAUCUACGACUAAACGUUCAUUUAGAUAAGUAUGUACAGGCACAUCUAGUACAUUUAUGUACGUAUGUUUGAGAAGUAAAAUGUCGGACAUUAGAAAAGGUUUGAUUGACAGGCUUCAAAAUGGAGGCACGGUUAUUGUUGCUGAGGGAUAUAUUUUUGAAUUUGAAAGAAGAGGAUAUUUGCAGGCCGGCGCCUUCGUACCGGAAGUGACGCUUGAACAUCCGGAUUUGGUGAGACAAUUAUACGAGGAAUUUGUGCACGCAGGAAGUGACGUGGUUUUAGCUUUCACAUAUUACGCACAUCGUGAAAAGCUGCGUCUUGUUGGGAGGGAAAAUGAUCUAGAAAGAAUAAACAGAACGGCUUUGAGGCUAGCACGUGAGGUUGCAGACGAAUAUGGUUGUCUAAUGGCGGGUAAUAUCUGUAAUUCGGCUGUUUAUGUAACAGGUGACAAGGAAUCGCACAUAAUAACUGAAGGCAUGUUUAAGGAACAAAUUGAACUUGCGGUAGAAAUGGGAGCUGACUAUAUUGUUGGUGAAACCUACUGCGGCUUUGACGAAUCCUUAUUGGCACUGGAAUGUAUCAAAAAGUACGGAAAAGGUUUACCAGCGGUAAUUACAUUGUCUGCUCCCUCAAACGAUAUCUUGGUUGACGGAGUGACCGUGAUUGACGCCUGCAAACAAUUAGAAGAUGCUGGAGCUGCUGUAGUUGGCUUGAACUGUGCACGUGGCCCAGCCACAAUGCUUCCUCUCCUGAGAGAAGUCAGAAAAGCUUGCAAGGGACCAGUUGCAGCACUUCCGGUAGUUUACAGGACAACAACUGAACAGCCGACAUUCCAUUCGCUGACUAUACCAAAUACAGAUAAGCGUGCCUUUCCACUCGACUUGUGUGCAUGCCAGUGUAGUCGCCAGGAUAUAGCAAGUUUUGCCUCCGAGUGUUACCAGCUUGGAAUCCAGUAUGUGGGCCUGUGUUGCGGGAAUUCUUCAAACUUGACUCGCAUCGUAGCGGAGAAAUACGGCCGUACCCCACCCGCUAGCAAGUACUCUCCGGACAUGGCGAAGCACUACAUGUUUGGAGACAAAACCAAAUUUAGAAAGGAGUUCACGGAAGGUCUAAGAGCAAACAAGGGAGGCGACUUUGAUUGAGCCGAUUUUGUUACUUAUUUAAAAAGCCGCCUUAUAUGUUUAUCUUUCGGAAACAUGUCGUAUAAUGAACAUAAGUUCUGGAUUAGAACUGUUGUAUAUACAUAAUUCAGCCGUGCCAUGGGAAAACCAACAUAGUGGCUUUGCGGCCAGCAUGGAUCCAGACCAGCCUGCGCAUCCGCGCAGUCUGGUCAGGAUCCAUGCUGUUCGCUUUCAAAGCCUAUUGCAAUUAGAGAAACUGUGUGCGAACAGCAUGGAUCCUGAGCAGACUGCGCGGAUGCGCAGGCUGGUCUGGAUCCAUGCUGGUCGCCAAGCCACUAUGUUGGUUUUCUCAUGGCGUGGCUCAUAUGAUUUAUGAUUAAUACGUUAUAUCCAGCUUUAAUUUAUAAAAUAAUGUACGCUUGUUAAUAACUUUAACAUUAAUCGUAUUCAAUGCGUUUUUUUUAUCAUGUAUGUAAUAAGUUUUCCUGUUUUAGACAUUUUUCAGUUAAAGUUGAUAGAAUAACCCGAACAAGCACGCGUGUAUUCUAAAAUGUAAACAAUUACCUGAGAGUCGGAUAUUCCCAACAGCAACUACGGCUAGUGACAGAAUCACUUUUUUUCAUACCAUAUUCAACAAGUAAUAGUGAAACAUCAAAUCAAACGAAAUACUUUUUAUAGCACUAUUUUUUGGAGCAGCGUAUUUAAAAAGAACAUACGGGAAAUCAACGUCCGUAAAAGUAGUAAUUGUAAUUUUUUCAAAGAAUGUCUUAUUAUAUGAAAGUCGUAUUAUUAUACCUUAGCUUCAUCAACUCGGGUGCGAAAUACAUGAUUCCAAGCCAUAUUUAUUAUAUACCUUCAUAUGAUAGAUACAAUUUUAAGUAUUUCUGUUUUAUUCGUGUGUGUCCUUGAAAACUUGAAUGGAGACAAGUCCACUGGUAAUGCUAAAUAUCCGCAAACAAAUUCAAAAAUGCCAUGCCAUUAUCACAAACACACUCAGUCAUUUAAGACAUUAAGCUUAACUAUCAAACUAGAAUCAAUUAAAACAUGAAAUAUAUGCUCUCAUAAAAGAACAAAAACCCGAAAAUUUUGUGGGUAUGGAGUAAUGGCGUUCCUCCAAACAUCCUAUUGCUGGAUUUUUCCAAAGUCUUUGGGCUACAUAUUAGAAGGGAUAGAUCCGGGUCAAAAUAUGGUGGUGUCUAUAUUUCAGUCCGAAAACCUAUUACUGAAACUGUACAAUCGGAACUACCCACUGACUGUGAAACACUAUGGGUGAAACCUGAAAAAGUGUUAACCAGUUUAUAUACAUGUAUAUAUAUGUAUUCUAUCGUCCAUGAGAGUCCGACAUUUAUGGAACUGAACUGUUGAGACUAACUUUAGAAGGUAGUAUCCGAAUGUUUGGUGAAUUUUGGUUAUUAUUAAGCCUAUACUCUAUCCAGCAAACCUGGCUGUCCGUAUCCUCAAAUAUAUGAACAUUUUUUAAAUCGUGAUGAUUUCAAUUUGGUCCAAAUGGUCUAGGAAAGCAGUAGACUAGAUAAUACAUUUGACCUUUUUUAACAUCCAAUUAUACAAUCCCGAGCACCACCCGCAAUCUUUCUGACCUCUCAGAUCAUGAAUUGUAAAAAAUCAAAGCUUCAGUAGAACAAGAGAGUUUUAUUUUGUUGGGUUUAACGUUGCACCGACACAAUUAUAGGUCAUGCAUUGAUGGAGGAAGACCCAGGUGCCCCUCCGUGCAUUAUUUAAUCACGUGCGGGCACCUGGGUAGAACCACCGACCUUCCGUAAGUCAGCUGGAUGGCUUCCUCACAUGCCGAAUUUAACGCCCCGAGUGAGGCUCGAACCCACAUAGAUGAGAGGCAAGUGAUUUGAAGUCGGCGACCUUGACCACUCGACUACGGAUGCCCCUAGAACAAGAGUCAGCAAUUAAUUUAUGAUCAUGAGUGAGUCGUAAUGAUGUAAUUGGACUCUCUUUGAAUUCAUAUUAAAA